AUGGGACUGAAGGCGUUCAAGAUCAUUGUGGACGAGGUCGCUCCAGAACACAAGGUGCACCCCACUGGAGUCCCCAUCACAGGCCAUGUGCUUGUGGAAACCAGCAAUACAGAGGACUACAGAGAAAUCAAGGUUACACUCACAGGGCUGGGAGAAGUAGAAUGGGAGGAAGAGGUUAGGGAUGGUGAUGAGCGCAGAAAGGAGAAAUUCGAUGCAAAAGAAAAGUACGUCAAAGAGAAGGUGGUGGUUUGGAAAAAAAAAGAUGAUCCAGAUGGUUGCUUUACGGCUGGAGAGCACAGUUUUCCAUUCCAGUUCACCAUUCCAGUAGGCUCACCAUCCUCGUUCAAAUCCAAGAUUGCUGAAAUUCGAUACAAGAUUAAGGCCAAAAUUGAUCAACCCGGCAAAGACGACAAAGUAAAGCAGACUCUGAAAGUAGUGGACAUGGUAGAUGCUGACGCUUCUUCUCUCCAGCAACCAGUACGUAGGGAGAAAUCUAAGUCAAUUGGAAUCCUAUGCUGUGCCGCAGGAGAAGUCAAUUACACCAUGGAACUGGCUCGUACUGGAUUUAAUGUCAAGGGCGACAAGAUUCCAAUCCAAUUCCACAUUGAAAACGGCUCUACACGUGACAUCAACAUGGAGGUACGGCUAUUCCAGAAUAUCUCUUACUCUGCAGAUGGUAGGCAUCGGUAUCAGCACGAGAAGAUACUGGAAGAAGAGAGCUCAGUGAUUACCGCAAACAGUACAAUCGAUUGGUCUGCAUCUGGUCUUUCCAUUCCCAAUAUCAUAGUGACUACAAAAUCUAAGAUCUUCAAAGUGGGUUACGUGCUCAGAGUAUGUGCCGAGAUUCCGUAUUCUUUGGAUCCCACCAUAGACAUACCCGUUGUUAUUGGCAAUGCUAGUCUCUUUCGCCCUCCAUCUUAGAAACUGAUAACACUGUGAGCAACAAGUUUUGUUUUUGUAUAAUGUAUAAUUAUAUAAUUAUGUAUAGCGAGUCCCUAAAUUAUACUGAUACAUGAAAUAAAAAUUUAUCAUCAUAA